CCAGCCGCCGGAAGCUGCCUUUCUGUAUGCUUGAAAGGAUACAGCAGGAAGAUAUCACAUUGCUCUAUUUUUGAUCUUUCGUCAAUAAAGGGAGGCGAUGAGGGGAACUAAUAGCCCCACCCAGUGGCGACUCUAUCUACAUACCUUCUCUUCCCUUGACUGGAGAGCGCAGCCAAUGGACAUGCGACUAAGGCGUGUUCUAGCGGGCGUGGGUGGAUGAGAGAAGAAGCGUGUUAGUGGGGGGCUGACAGGCACAGAAAAAGAUCGCGGUUAGAUUUUCAUUAUCCAUCAUGGCAUCCAAGUGCCCCAAGUGCGACAAGACUGUCUACUUCGCUGAAAAAGUAACUUCCUUGGGAAAAGAUUGGCACAAAUUCUGUUUGAAAUGUGAGCGCUGCAACAAGACCUUGACACCUGGGGGGCAUGCAGAGCAUGACAGGAAGCCUUACUGUCACAAACCUUGUUAUGCAACGCUGUUUGGACCAAAAGGUGUAAAUAUUGGAGGAGCAGGAUCCUACAUUUAUGAUAAGCCUCUUUCUGAAGGACAGCUUAUACCAGGCCCUAUUGAGCAUGCAUCCAAAAUGGAAGAAAGGAAACUGAAUAUUGCACCAAAAGGACCUAGCAAAGCCUCCAGCAUUACUACGUUCACUGGAGAGGCCAAUGUCUGUCCACGCUGCUCCAAGAAAGUCUAUUUUGCUGAGAAGGUGACUUCAUUGGGCAAGGAUUGGCACCGUCCCUGUCUACGUUGUGAGCGUUGCGGGAAGACUCUUAUUCCUGGAGGCCAUGCUGAGCAUGAUGGACAGCCAUAUUGCCACAAACCAUGCUAUGGGAUCCUAUUUGGACCAAAAGGGGUGAAUACAGGUGCAGUUGGAAGCUACAUCUAUGAUAAAGAUUCUGAAGCAAAAGCCCAACCUUGAGAGCUUUUUUCUAGCCAACUAUCCACCUGCUCAGCCCAUUUGCACUGAUUAAUCUUAUGUGUGUAAACAUAGUAAAACCUGCUUAGAAGAGAUAGCUGUAUCUGUUCUUUUAUAUGCUCCCCAGGCAGGAGAUGAUAUUCUGUUUCCUUUGCAAAUUUUUAAUGGCUGUGCUUUAAAAAGACAGAGCUCUUUCUCCCCCAAGUUUCUGAUUUCACUUCAAUUCUGUGUGUUCUGAGCAAAUAUCUUUGCUGCCAUUACUUUAUAUGACAGAACACAAUUUUGCAAUGUCCCCUCCAGCCUUUGGAGUUCAUUUUUUUAAGGUACAACUUACCAUUCGCUAUUAGUGGCUGAACAACUGGAGCAAUAAACAAAUUAUUCAGGGAGGUAAAAAAAAUCAGGUAUAUUUUUGAACAAGGCUAUUAAAUAUAGAAUGAUGCCUCCUAGAUUGAGAGCUAAGGUUCUUACCAGCUAUGGAUUACCUUCCUACAUAAAGUUUCAUCACUGUCCCUUGUUGAAGCAGAUGUCAGCAGCAAACUCAUCCUAGCAGCUGGGUCCACUAUACUUAGCUGAAGCAAAAGAGUUGUUUUUUGAAACUAGUUUGUAUUCUUGAGGAAUCUGUCAGAAAUUAUGACCCUACUAAUGUUAUGCCAGACAGUAUAUGGUCCUAACUUGGAUAUGGAAGUAUAAGUUAUUUAUGUAAGUAUGCAUGUAUACAUGGAAAAUAUUACUGCUUACAAACCAAGCAACUUGCUAUAAAGACCAAGCAGCAAAAAUGGGAGAAGUAGAAAAAGAGACACUGUGUGUGUGUUUAUAUGUGAUAGGAUGGGAUUGUAGCUAUUUGCAAAGGAACCAGUUCUGAUCUUAUUAUUUAUAUGCUUGAAAUUUAUUUAUAGCCAGAUAGUAAUGUUCUUUUUUGCUCUAUUCUUCUAGUGUUUUUAGCAGCCCUGGGUCCUAAGGCACAAUUGAAACUAAUUAAGAGUAUGAGCUGAGGUAGCAUUGUAUAUUUGCAUUGUAAAAGCUGCAUUACCCAACCUGCAGACUAAUUUUUCCAAUGCAGGAUGCUUAUCUGCAUACCUUUUGCAAUUAAUAAAGAUGUUUUACAACU